CAUUUCCAGCCAGUUGGACGUAGUUUUCAUGUCGCAGGAAAUAUCUGUGUCCACAAACCAGGAAAAUGAGACACGUUCAUUUUUAAAACGGUAGCGGAAAACAAACAAACAAAGAAACUAACUAACUAAUUAACAGCCGGCAGAUAUUUUCUCGCGGGUUAUGCGAUAAUAGCGGGCAACUGUUCCAGUCGUCAUUUCCGUGUUUGUCUCAGAGCAACAGCUUAAGGAUGUGCCCUGUUUCUGCCAAGAGGAUUCCAGGAAUGCAACAGCUGCAGAACAUGGAGGAUAUCCCCAGUCUUAUCUCGGAGGCUUUGUGCUAUAAUGGCAAAGCUCAGCACAGAGACCAAACUCUGUUACAGAUGUGUAAAGUGAAACUGGUGGACUUCAGGAAAAUACAGGGCCUGAAUGCAAGGAAAAUAUCAAAAGGAAAUUUUCAUACUGGAGUUCCAGGUAAAUCCGUUUUUCAUGGAAACAAACAUACAGUGCAGGCUCAGUUAAGGACAUGUUCUGUGAGACUGGUGGAUUGUAGAAAAAUACAAAACAGAAAAGCAACAGCUGAGGGUGAACCUGAAGAUGGGGCAAAUGAUCACGAAUACAGCCGCAGUGAUUUUAUUUCCUCCAAGCAACAGCUUAAGGACGUGCCCUGUUUCUGCCAAGAGGAAGAGAGAAUUCCAGGAAUGCAACAGCUGCAGAACAUGGAGGAUAUCCCCAGUCUUAUCUCGGAGGCUUUGUGCUAUAAUGGCAAAGCUCAGCACAGAGACCAAACUCUGUUACAGAUGUGUAAAGUGAAACUGGUGGACUUCAGGAAAAUACAGAGCCUGAAUGCAAGGAAAAUAUCAAAAGGAAAUUUUCAUACUGGAGUUCCAGGUAAAUCCGUUUUUCAUGGAGACCAACCUACAGUGCAGGCUCAGUUAAGGACGUGUUCUGUGAGACUGGUGGAUUGUAGAAAAAUACAAAACAGAAAAGCAACAGCUGAGGGUGAACCUGAAGAUGGGGCAAAUGAUCACGAAUACAGCCGCAGUGAUUUUAUUUCCUCCAGCAAGUCCAGCAUGUCAUCAUCUGAUGAAUGGGAUCAGUCUAUCUCUCAAGAACAAAUGAUCCAAAGAAAGCACCUUAGAAAAGUUAACCUUGCAUUACGUCAUUCAGGCAAACAAAUGGGACAAAGGACAAAUCAGUGCAGCCAGUGCAAGAAGACUUUCAGUAGUUCAUCAAGCUUGAGAAGGCAUCAAAGAGUGCAUAUGGAAGGGACGUCCUGCAGUUGCACACAGUGUGGGAAAAUGUUUAAACACAAAUCAGGCCUGCAAAUUCACCAGAGAUUGCACACUGGGGAGAAAGCUUACCGUUGCACACAGUGUGGAAAAAUGUUUACGUAUGAAUCACGCCUGCGAUUUCACCAGAAAGUGCACACUGGGGAGAAGCCUUACCAGUGCACACAAUGUGGAAAAAUGUUUACACAAAAAUCACACGUGCAAAUUCACCAGAGAGUGCACACUGGGGAGAAGCCUUAUCAGUGCACACAAUGUGGUAAAACCUUCAGGCAAGGCUCAGGUCUACGGGUACACCAGAUGGUGCACACCAGAGUACAGCUUGACGGCAACUCUGAGUCCGACAAGACGCAGGUAUCAAAUGUUAAAGCACACGAGCGUGUACAUACUAGUGAGAAGUGUCUGCGGUGCAAACAGUGUGGAAAACAAUUCUCAAGCUCACUAGGGUUCAAGAGGCAUAAGAAUGCACACACAACGAAGCACUAUCAGUGCCCAGAGUGUGGUCAACAAUUCAGACAUUCUUUGUCCCUUAAAAUUCACAAGAGAAUACAUACUGGGGAAAGACUGUAUAAGUGUUCUGAAUGUGACAAAGCAUUUCCUCAUUCUUCAGCUCUUCUAGUACACAAAAGGCUACAUAGUGGACAAAAGCCGUACUACUGUGACCUGUGUGGAAAACAGUUUUCACAAUCAACACAUCUGCGCACUCACCAGAGAAUUCACACCGGAGUAAAACCUUAUAGGUGCUCUCAUUGCGGCAAAUCUUUCACUCAGUCAUCACAUCUUUCAGUGCACAAGCUGAUGCACACUGGACAGAAGCCUUACUGCUGCUCUACCUGUGGCAAAGGAUUCAGAACAUCCGACCACCUUAAGUUGCACCAGAGGACACACACUGGGGAAAAGCCGUACCGCUGCUCUGUGUGCGGAUGGUGCUUCACUCAGUCCCACAGCCUUAAAGAGCACCAAAGAAUACACACUGGAGAGAAGCCUUACCAGUGCUGUAAAUGUGACAGAGUAUUCAGAGUGUACGGAGAUCUUAAAUACCAUGAGUAUUUUCACACCUGAAACUGCAAUGCAACAGGAAAUUACAUUUACAUGUCACAAAGUCAAUGUUUUCCUCUUAAAGGGCAAAGAAAACCUACCAAAAAAACCACCUCCUUUAUACUGACAUAUAAUAGUCAUACAAGACAUGUUUGAGUGUUCACUUCUUCAUAUUUGUACCUGUAUACUGUGUGAUUGUUUUUCUUUUGAAAUAAAAUGUCCCUGGGCACUGACGUCUUGCUCUCUCUGAGGUUAAAAUAUCACGCUCCGAGUACAAAUUACAUGAGAGAAUCCGAGAUAGUGACGUAAUAUACUCACCACCUGACUUACUGAGGCUGAGCUCUAGUGGAUAUAGCGCUUCUAAAUUGCUGUGAACAACCCUGAAGAUGCCCGAGGGUCAAGCAUUUGCCUGUCAAAAUAAACCAGAUGAUUGAAUCCGUGAACACACACACACACAAAAGUAAACAGUGAGCAGAUACAUACCUGGGUUUUGAUAGCCUUUAGCCACCUAGCUAGCUACUCACAGUGGGUUUAUUUUUUAUUUUUGCACCCUUGGACUUUCCCAUUUUACUGUGUGUCGGUCAAGCCAAUGAGUGCUGUAAACAAACCUUUUUUAUGAAGGCACAGAGAAAAUACCAGCUGUAUUCAGUCAUGGUCACUAAGAAGAAGUUAAGAGACCUCAGCCUUGGCAAGAUAAGAGACAUUUUGGAAGUCUCAGCACCUCUGAAUUAAUAAUGUGAGUGUAUGUAAAUUUUUGACCCUGUAUGUAUAAUAUUGACCCUGUGUUGAUUUCAGAAAACCCAAAAUAAAUUAAAAUUUCUGCACCAAA